UUAGUUGAAUGUCCUUGUUGAAAUAGUAGGUAUAUUGAUAUGGACUGUUCAUUCUUUUUUUAUUGACAAAAAUGGCUACCACGACGCAUAUCACAUUAAUAAUACACCAUAGAGGUAGACUUGAAAGGGGAUCGGAUGGCAAGUUGUGUUAUGCAGAAGGUGAAAUUACUGAGGUGGAGAGAGUUAAUGUGGAUACUCUGAAUGGCUUCUUCAUUAGUGACCUACUGAAAGACAUUGGGUAUCCAAUCAUCUCCGAUUUCUACUGGCAACAGCCUGAAAUAGAAAUUGAGGGUGGUUUGAGGCUUCUGCGACUUGACAUGGAUGUCGUUAAGAUGUAUGAAGCUGCUGUGGAGAAUGGACAUAAGAUUGAAUUAUACAUAGAGCACCCAAUUAGCCAAGCAGAUGUUGUAGAUACGAAUGAAGAAGUUGGUGUAGAAGCACCUGAUCAGGUUAAUGUAACUCCAUCAAGGAGGAGGAGGAAAGUUUGUGUUAGAAAGACUCCAACUCCAAAGAAGGCAACAGGUCCUAGAAGAAUUCUUCACCUGGAAAGGGUACAUACUGAAGCCCAAAUUACAAAUUACAGAGGAGACCCAUGGUACAGAAAAGGCCCAACCAGAUGCCAGCCCAAAUCCAUCAGUUCCAGCUACACCAAACACAGUUCAUGUAUCUGAAGAAUCUGCUACACCAAAUAUAGUUCCAGCACCAUCUAUUUCGCUUGACAACAAUGCCCAGCCAAAGUCACCAACAUACACAGAGCCACCCUCUACCUCUGAUGAUCCACAAGACGAAUUCCUCACCCAAUGUGUUCCUUUACCGCUCGUAGAGAUGGUCCUAGAGAGAAUCUUGAUCCUCAUAGAGCAAAGAGGAGAUAUGGCCCCAUUAAAUGUACAUAUUGUCUGAAGACUGGUCAUAACAGCAGAGGAUGUGACAAGAAGAAAGAAGCUAUGGCUAGUGGAGGAGCUGCAUCAGGUAGUGGUAGUCAGCAUCAGGGUGCAGCAGCAACAACUAAAGGUAUGGGUGUUGAUGAUCUUGAUGACGAUGCUGCCAGAGAGCAAGAGAUGUAUUGGGAAGAGAUUUUGGAGGCAGCAGAUACUGAAGCAUCAGCUUCAGAUUCACCCAGUGUGAAUGUUGAUUAUCUGAACUGUGUGAAUCCUUCUGAAGAACCUAUGGCAGUAAGACCUCCACCUUCUAACUCCUCUACUGCAUAUGUGCCACCUAGACCUAUCAUAAAGCCAACCAUGUCCAAGAGACCAAUUAGGAGGAGAAAUAUUAAGAGGCCACCACCGUCACAACCUUCUCCCCUCAGACCUGCCCCACCACAACCUACUCCCAUAACGCCUACCACACCACAACCUUCUGUUGUUAGGCCUACAUCACCAACUAACCAACUGCCUCCAAGAAUUACCAGACAAACAAUGCAUGGUGCAAGCCGAGGGACCACUACACGAUUUAUGCAAUUCAUGCCAACUCCACCAUCCACAAUUCAAACACCAGGCAGAUGGCCAGUACCUGGGUUCCGUCCGCCAACAGGAGCAUCUUCAAGUGGCAACAACAACGGGAUUUCUAGUGGCAGCAGCAACUCUACACCCAACAAAUAGGAUUUUCUAGUGUGAAUUUAUUUUUUGAUGAAGUACUUACUGUAAUGAGAGCUCCAUGAACUCUUAUAUUAUGAUUUUUUUGUAACUCAUGCCUAGUACUUAAACAGCACAACUUGAUGCUUUCAUGUUCAUGGUUUGUAAAGGUUCUAUUAGGUACAUUUGAUUUGCUACUGCUACAUCAAACUCAUACCCUCGUUUUGAGGCUUUUGUUGAUAACUGCAUAUGAGUAAAUUACUUCAAGGUUUAUUAUA